CUCCUCAGUUUCCAUAGUGACCACAGUUCCAUUUAGACGCGGAUAGAAUGAUUUGACGUUCCUGGUUAGAAAACCGGUUAGCAAAGUAUUCAAAACACAGACAAACACAGUGUUUGAAACAGAAACACGGCCCGUCUGCCUCUGUUUCCUGAAGCUGCUAGCUAGACCAUGGAUGUCAGUCAAGAAGACCUGAGCAAACUGAGCAUCAAUAACUCCUCUGAUGAUAUUGAAUUAGAUCAUUCUUAUCAGGAAGACUUUUACUCAUCUGCUGAUGAAGAGCAUGCUGAUGAAGAUGAUGUUUCAGAUAAAAUCCCAGAAUCAAUGCUCAAAUAUUUUGAAGCCUCCGAGAACAGAGCAAGUCAGUUUGAAAAGCUCAUCCUUGAGGACAAUGAAGAUGAUGAUUCUGGAGCGGCUGAGGUGUAUUCCAUCAUUUCAAGUCGUUCUGAAGACCUUUUAAUGGAACUGGCCUCUGACUUAGGCCUACACAAGGACCCUGUGAAGUUAAAAGAACAAGUCAUGUUCGAGAUGGAGGAUGAGAAGUUGAAAACUAUCCCCAACAAGGCCUGCCCUCACACUGUAUCUGACAGUGACAUUACAGACAGAGUGCCACACAACAGUGAGGAUGAUAUUGAAUGUGAUGCAUAUUUAAGGUCUGAAAAGCAACUCAGUUUGGAACUGAAAACUUUGGAGCGUAAGUUGAAAGAGGUGGAUGAGAGGAGAAUUGUGGAAUACGAGGAGGAGCGAAAGAAGGAGCAGAAUGAGCAGAGAGAAAAGGAGGAGUGGAGGAAACGCAGACAGAGAGACUUUGAGGAGGAGCUGAGGCAGAUAGAAGAGGGCAAUAGGCAUCGCCCUACAGGCAUGGAGGAGAUGAGAGAAAGAGAGGCAGAAGAGAAGCUUCAACAAGAGUUGCUCAAACAGCAGGAGCUGAUCAGCAGCCUCCAGAGACAGAUGGAGGAGGAGAGGAGGGCCUUUGAGAAGGUGCAGGAGGAAAAGAGGAGGAAGACCCACCAGUCUCGAUGUAGGGCGGCCAUCACUAUCCAGACUGCCCUCAGAGGCGUCCUGGCACGCCGGUGGACCAGGGCUGAGCUCCACCGCAGAAGAGAGGAACAAAGGAGGUGUGAGGAGGAGAGGAGCAGGAGGAAGGAGAGGGAGGAGAGGUGGAGGAGGGAACAGGAGGAGCAGCGGCUGAAGCAGGAAAAGGAAAACAGAAGGAGAGAGUUGGAGGAGCAAGCACUGAAGAGGAGGAGCUUAGAGUAUGAGAGAGCCAAAGAAGAGGAUCGAGUCCGUAUGGAGAGAGAGAGACAGGAUGAGGAGGACAGGAGAAAGAGGGAGGAGGAGGAGAACAGAAAAGAGGGAGAGAGAAGAAAAAGGGAGGAGAAGAGAAAGAAGCAUGAAGAAGAGGAGAAGAGAAAGAAAGAAGAGAAGAGAAAGAAAGAAGAGGAGAAGCGAAAGAAGGAGGAGAGGAGAGAGAAGGAGGAGCAGAUUAGGGAGGAGAAAGACAAGCAAGAAAGGGAGGAGGAGCGGAGAAAAAGACAGGAGGAAAAGGAGAAUGAAAGGAAAAGCAAAGAGGAGGAAGAGAUUAGGAUGGAAUCAGAUGAGAGGAAACCAAAGAGCCUGCAAAAGCUGGAGACAGGCAUAGUGAAGCAGGAAAGUCAAAACCUGAGUGGGGAAAAAGCCAGAGAGGAGAAAUCAGCCGCCACUGAAUGUUCCCCCACUGCCAGCUCUCCCCCCAUUGACCCCAGCGCCUCAGUCCCUCAGUCUGCCUUUGAGCGUAUGAGUGUAUCUCUACCAGAGCAGACGGAGCAGAGGAGACUGGCCUGGAUGAGGGACUGCACUUCCUGGUCCAAACUCUCCCUGCAGAACAAGAGGAAGCAGCAGCAGGGGAUCAGGACCCAGAGGAGGAGGAGGGCCGCUGAGGGGAGCGGUUUACCCCUCCUCUGCCCAGAAACACUCCUUCAGUCUGGGGCCUGGAACUCCCCUCAGGAGGUGACCACAGUUGUUCUGGAGGAUCUCCCUGGCUGUAGCCUCUCUACUUUGUCCCAAUGCCCCAGACUGCAGACCCUCACCAUGAGACGCUGUGGCCUUAAAUCCCUGGAGGGCCUCAGUCAAUGCACAGAGCUUCGCUACAUCGAUGUACAGGACAACUCAAUCACGUUUGUGGACUGUGAGAAUCUGGCUAACCUCCGAGUUCUUCGACUUGGCCGGAACCGUCUGACAUCCAUUCAUGGUCUGGCUGGUGCUGUGGAUCUGGACGUUCUGGAGCUCUCGCACAACUCCAUCACCCGCAUCGGUGGUCUGGAGCCAUUGAAGAGGCUGCAGAAGUUAUUGUUGGACCACAACCAGCUGAUCAGUACUAGAGGACUGAGAGAGGUGUACACGCUGCUACACCUGGACUUGUCUCACAACCAUCUGUCCAGUGUAGAGGGCCUGGACAACUGUGCUCUGCUCAACACACUGGACCUGACAGGAAACAAUCUCACUGAGCUACCCAGUCUGAGGAACCAGGUCCUCCUGGUGGAGCUCCAUCUGGAGGACAACAGCAUCUCCUCACUGGAGGGCCUGACAGCCUGCUGGCUCCCCCUGAUGCAGCUCCUCUCUGGGGCCCAAAACAGUAUAACCCAACUGCCAUCACUGUGUCAUUUUGUGUCACUGGAGAAGCUGGACAUCAGAGACAACUGCCUCUCAGAGCUGCAGAACCUGUGUGAGAGUCUGCAGGGAUGUCCACUCCUCCGAGAGGUCCAUCUCACUGGGAAUCCCCUUCAGCAAGAGACCAUGUGGAGGUCCAGUCUGCAGAGGUCUGUGCCGGGUCUACAGGCCAUAGACGGGCAGCCUGUCGGCUCCUCUCCUGGUCCUGGUCUAGUCAGGGCCCUGCUGCCUCAGAACAGCUUUCUAGCUUUCUGUCAGGCACAGCUCCAGCAGCUCCACACACUGCAGCACAGCCACACAGCACAACUCAGCGGUGCUCUCCCUCCCCUGGAUGCUUUGAGGCGCUCCCUCCAGCUCCAUGAUGAAGCUGUACAGCUGGCUGAGGAGCACAGAUACGCUCACGAAUAUGGAGACACCAGCAUCACCGACAUACAGGAUGACGGUCACAGGAGUGACACUGCCAGGGUUAGCAGGAUCCCUGCCGAAAAGUCUGACGUAGAGGGUAUGGACAGACAUGGUGGUGUCACGAGUGUCACGAACAGGAAGCAACCUGAAAAGAAGUCCUGUGGAAACACAAACACCUGGCCACAUGUGGUUCCCCUCAUCAGCCCAGCCAAUGACAACAGUGAAAAGCUGCUUCAGCCCCCAGCAUACAGAUCCAUCAGCAGUCUAGGGACUGUGUCCACUAGGCCCGAGUUGAAGCCAGCAACGCCAGCUAGCUACACCUGUUCCAGCUCUACCUUCUCUGAGGAAAAAACGUCCCAUGCCACUGCCAAGCCCAGCAGUUCACCCUUCCCCAAAGCUCACAUCAAGCUGGACCUCAAAACCAUGGCAGCUGUGGUGAUCCAGCGUCACUGGAGAGGACACAGAGGACGUCAGAGGAUCCAGCUGCGUCCACCUCCAGGAGAGGGGCAAGGAGGAAGAAGGGGAAGAGCGAGGGGAAGAGUAGACACAGGACCCGGCCAUACUGGGUCAGAGCAGAGCCGUCUGGAACCAGAUUACGCUGCAACUGCCAUCCAGGCGGUUUGGAGAGGCUUCGCUCUGAGGAGGAGGCUGGCUGCUGCUCUGGCCCAGGCUCGGGGCUUCAACCCCGGAGAUCACGAGGCCUUCGAGGAGGUGAACCUGGAUGAAUUUGUCUUUGAUGAGAUGGCACUAGAGAGAGACUGGAUGAUGACUUCUCUGCUGUCUGACGAUUCACCUCCCAAAACCCUCCUUCAUUCUCCUCCAUUCCCAGACCAGCUGCUUGGUCCAAAGCGUCCUCUGAAUCAUCCAGAUGCCAACCAGCAGACCAGCCCACCUGUUCUUCUGUGGAAGCCCAAGCAGGCCUGGAUGGGUGGGGAGAGAGCAGAGCCUGCUGAGCAUAGAGUUUCCCUUGACAGCAUCAGCAGAACUAAAUCUCCUGUCUCCACGUCAGGGCUCAGUGGUCUUUCUGAGAGAUCAGAGAAGAUUCUGGAGGAGUGGGGGUUCAGAGACAGCCACACUGCUCUGAUGAUGCUGAAGAGAGCUCAGAAGAUGAAGUCUAAGAAGCAGAGGCAGAGAAAACUAUUGGACCCAACUGUACGCCUGGCCCUUUUCAGGAACCAUAGCAACCAGCAUGCCCCUAUGGAAGCUCCAAAGAAGCCCUCUCCAGAGAGGAGAGACUACAUAAAGGCUCACCAGGCAGAACUAGCCCUGGAGGGAACAGGCAGAUUGGACCAAAUGCGGUUAAACCAGCAAGCACCAGGGAGGGUGGACCAAAUGCUGUUGAACCAGUACGCAACAGAGAGAGUGGACCAAACACUGGUGAACCAGGAACGCACUUACCAGUGGCUCCACACCCAGCCUGUGCACUCUGACAGCAGACGUCCUGAGAGUGAUGGUUUCCUCCCAGAGAUUGACCCAGACGUACUGAAAGGAGGCAGAGUGCAGCUCGUGGCUGUAGCAGGGUACAGAGAAGGUCCAGACCAGGCCCCGAUGUCGCGGGCCAGCGGAACGUCAACCUCCCCGCCUCACAAAGAACACAAUCAAGCUCGGAGAAACUUUAUGGGGCAACUAAACAAAGAAGCACCUUCUCCCCAAAGAGUGACCUCUGCCUCAUCUAAAAAGGAGCGCAUGUCUUUCCGGGAUAACCCUGUCCAGAUGAGUGGUGGCUGGGGAGGGGGCAAAAAAAGGGACAAACUGCACAAGUAACAAGACAUUUGUUAAUUACCAAGAAACUGGUUUAGCUUCAUUCACUGUAUGUCCAAAACAGUAAGCAUGACAACCAUUAUUCUGUUCACAGUAACUUUUUGACAGUCCCAUACAGUAUAUGCAUUAUGUUGACAUUUAAUUCUGAAACGUUUUACUUUCCUCCCCCCAAAAGUUUUGAUUGUCAUUAAUCUCCUAUGCUAAAAUUCCUUGCAGCUGCCUUUUCGCUCUCAGAUCGGGCUCGGCCUCCGUGGGUCUUCUGAAAAUUAAUUAAAAGCAAUGGGAGAAGCCCAGCCCAAAUAUCUGCAGGCGUUUUCAUGCUGGUCAUUAUGCAUGGAUAUCGCUGCCUUAAUGCGACCUCAGCCAACACCGGAACGCAUGGAGCGAAGUCCCAAAACGCUCAACAAAUCACACGCUUAAUAUGCAGACAAUGGUUGGAAAUAAGAAACAGAGCAUUUCUAUUCUAAUUGUUAGGAUGUUUGUAUUUUGAUUUCAUUUAGAUUUAUUUUACAAGCUUUCCAGACUGGUCUCUGCUGCUGGGGUAUAGUAGCCUUUGGUAAAAGAAAAUAUAGAAUUUAGAAUUGGCUCCCGUGUGGCUGAGUUGGUAGAGCAUGGCACUUGCAACACCAGGGUUGUGGGUUUGAUUCCCAUGGAGGACCAGUAUGAAAAGAAAGUAUGAAAAUGUAUGAACUCACAACUGUAAGUCGCUCUGGAUAAGAGCAGCUACUAAAAUGUACAUGUAGAAGGUGUCUUAUCUUAGAUGUUGCAUAUCUAAGAAAAAUGUUGCUUUUUUAAUGCUACUUGAUUCUUGCUUAAGUUGAUGAAGUGGCACUUUUACUCAGAUGUUAAUAAUCAAGGUAAAUACAUUUGAUAUUGUAAAAUAAUGAUUAUAUUCAAGUUUCUUUUUUGAUUUUACUAUCAUAUACACUGAGUGUUCAAAACAUUAGUCACACCUGACAUAGGUGAAUCCAGGUGAAAGCUUUGAUCCCUUAUGGAUGUCACUUGUUAAAUCCACUUCAAUCAGUGCAUAUGAAAGGGAGGAGUCAGGUUAAAGAAGGAUUUUUAAGCCUUGAGACAAUUGAGACAUGGAUGGUGCAUGUGUGACAUUCAGAGGCUGAAUGGGCAAGACAAAAGAUUUAAGUGCCUUUGAAUGGGGAGGUAUGGUAGUAGGUGCCAUGCGCACCGGUUUGAGUGUGUCAAGAACUGCAACGAUGCUGGAGGUUUUCACCCUCAACAGUAUCCCGUGUGUAUCAUGAAUGGUCCACCACCCAAAGGAUAUCCAGCCAACUUGACACAACUGUGGGAAGCAUUGGAGUCAACAUGGGCCUGCAUCCCUGUGGAACGCUUUCGACACCAUGUAGAGUCCAUGCCCCCGACAAAUGGGGAAGGUGUUCCUAAUAUUUCAUACACUCAGUGUAAAUACAGUACACAGUAGAGUCUGCCGAUUUGAACUAAGUUUGGAGUUGCGGAUAUCCAGAGAUGUUGCCAGACAGCGUGUCAGAGCAGCCGCAGCUUUAAGUAAAGCGCAAACAUUGGUGUUACAAUUGUGUUUUUUAUUUUUUAUUACCAGCUGCACACUACAAUGGUUCUUGUUCUGUGUAUUUGGAUUUCAGAUUCCAUCCAACCACAAACACCGCCUUACCAAAGCGGCUAACCCUGGGGUUGAAGGUUCAUCGCUUGUCUGUUGGCGGUAAAUGUUCUGUUAAUGAAUGUGAAAACAAAUAGAUGGAGCUGCAGAGGAGAGUGGCUCCCUGGCAGGAAA